UCCUGGGCCUCUUCUUAGCUGGGUGGUGAAAGCAAAAAUGCCGCCUAAUUGGUCACUGGCCCUUUCUCGUGAAUGAAGGAGGUUUCUGUUUUAAGAAAUAAAGUGACUCCUCAGCCGUUGAUUCACUGCCCACAGGGAGAUUUUGAGCAGAGGCUUCCUAGGCUCCGUAGAAAUUUGCAUACAGCUUCCACUUCCUGCUUCAGAGCCUGUUCUUCUACUUACCUGGGCCCGGAGAGGGUGGAGGGAGGCCGAGGGCGACCCAAGGUGGAGAGACUAGUAGCCGCCGAGAGCCGACCACCCUCUGGGCCCGGUCUGUCUGUCCGUGGUGGUUCUAAGAGCCAAUGAGUAAAGGACACACAGCCUGAAAAGGACAAGGGCAGGGAAAGGGAGAGAUGGCGAGAUGGAGGGAGAGCCAGCCCAAAAUUAGAAGCUGAGUUUUCUGUUGUGUCAGAAAACAGAGCAAGGGUCAUCGUGCAGCAGAAACUAGAAUGAGCCGAAGCAUUCCUGUGGAGGUUGAUGAAUCAGAACCAUACCCAAGUCAGUUGCUGAAACCAAUCCCAGAAUAUUCCCUGGAAGAGGAAUCAGAACCACUUGCUCCGAAUAUAAGGAACAUGGCACCCAACAGCUUGUCUGCACCCACAACGCCUCUCAGUUCUCAAGCUCACCCAACCCUGAAACUUGCAAAUCACCAGUGGCCUGUAUCCCAGCAGGUCACCUGCCUGUACACUCAAGUUCUGGAGGACAGUGAAGACAGCUUCUGCAGGAGACACCCAGACCCAGGCAAAGCUUUCCCCUCUGGGUCCUCUGCAGUCAGCGAGCCGGAGUCUGUGGUUGGAGCCCUUCCUGCAGAGCAUCAGUUUUCAUUUAUGGAAAAACGUAAUCAAUGGCUGGGAUCUCAGCUUUCAGCAGCUUCUCCUGACACUGGCCAUGACUCAGACAAAUCGGACCAAAGUUUACCUAAUGCCUCGGAAGACUCCUUGGGCAGUAGCCAGGAGAUGGUGCAACGGCCCCAGCCCCGAGCUGGCCUGGAUCUGCCAACCAUAGACACGGGAUAUGAUUCCCAGCCCCAGGAUGUCCUGGGCAUCAGGCAGCUGGAAAGGCCUCUGCCCCUGACCUCCAUAUGUUACCCCCAGGACCUCCCCAGACCUCUCAGGUCCAGGGAGUUCCCUCAGUUUGAACCUCAGAGGUAUCCAGCAUGUGCACAGAUGCUACCUGCCAAUAUUUCCCCACAUGCUCCAUGGAACUAUUGUCCUGGAAGUCCCGAUCACCAGGUGCCAUAUGGCCAUGACUACCCUCGAGCAGCCUACCAGCAAGUGAUCCAGCCGGCUCUGCCCGGGCAGCCCCUGCCUGGAGCCAGUGUGAGAGGCCUGCACCCUGCACAGAAGGUUAUCCUGAAUUAUCCCAGCCCCUGGGACCAAGAAGAGAGGCCUGCACAGAGAGACUGCUCCUUUCUGGGGCUUCCAAGGUACCAGGACCAGCCGCACCACCAACUACCUAAGAGAGCUCGUGCUCCUGGGGAGUCCUUGGAGUCCCCGGCCGAGCUGAGACCACAGGUUCCCCAGCCUCCGUCCCCAGCUGCUGUGCCUAGACCCCUUAGCAACCCUCCAGCCAGAGGAACUCUAAAAACAAGCAAUUUGCCAGAAGAAUUGCGGAAAGUCUUUAUCACUUAUUCGAUGGAUACAGCUAUGGAGGUGGUGAAAUUCGUGAACUUUUUGUUGGUAAAUGGCUUCCAAACUGCAAUUGACAUAUUUGAGGACAGAAUCCGAGGCAUUGAUAUUAUUAAAUGGAUGGAGCGCUACCUUAGGGAUAAGACCGUGAUGAUAAUCGUAGCAAUCAGCCCCAAAUACAAACAGGAUGUGGAAGGCGCUGAAUCGCAGCUGGACGAGGAUGAGCAUGGCUUACAUACUAAGUACAUUCAUCGGAUGAUGCAGAUUGAGUUCAUAAAACAAGGAAGCAUGAAUUUCAGAUUCAUCCCUGUGCUCUUCCCAAAUGCUAAGAAGGAGCACGUGCCCACCUGGCUUCAGAACACUCACAUCUACAGCUGGCCCAAGAAUAAAAAAAACAUCCUGCUGCGGCUGCUGAGAGAGGAAGAGUAUGUGGCUCCUCCACGGGGGCCUUUGCCCACCCUUCAGGUGGUUCCCUUGUGACACUGUCCAUCCCCCGAACACUGGGACCAGGCCAUGUUUGGGACCUGUUUGGACAGUGUUCUAGCUGAGGCUGGUUGGUAGCACUCCUGGCUGUCUUUUUUUCUCUGACCCUCUGGCCCCCAGGAAACCUGUUGUGCAGAGAGCUCUUCCCCGGAGACCUCCACACACCCUGGCUCUGAAGUGGAGUCUGCGGCCACUCUGCAUUCUCUGCUUUAAAAAAAACCUAUUGCAGGUGCCAGUGUCCCACAUGUUCCUCCUGACAGUUCGACAUGUCCAUUCUAGGCCUCUCAGUGCUUAGCAAAUAGAUAAUGUAAGGGAUGUGGCAGCAAAUGGAAAUGACCACAAACAUUCUCCUAUCACUCUGGCUGCUUUUAUGAGUUAGCCAGAUGCUGAUGUAUCCUCAGAGCAAACUGAUUCAUGUACAAAUAAUAAAAUGUUUACUCUUUUGUAA